CCCGCCUUCUCGUGCGGGCCCCCGCCCCCUCUGGGGCCCCGCCCCCCCGCGCGCCGCCGCCGCCAUGAGCGGGGGGGGGGAGGGACCGGGGCCCCCCCCGGCACCGGGGACCGGGACCGGGACCCCCCCCCGGGACCGAGCGGGGCGGGCAGCGCGUGCGGGGCCGCGUCCUCGCGGCCUGGAAACAGCGUCAAAUACGGCUGGACGCUGCGGCCGCGGCCCCACUUCAGCCCGCGGGACCCCGUGUACCUGCUGGGGAGGGUCUACGCACCGGGAAACGGGGAGGAUCUGGCCCGGUUCCGGCGGGAUUUCUGCUCCCGGUUGUGGCUGACGUACCGGAGCGGGUUCCCGGCGCUGCCCGGGACCCCCCGCACCACCGACUGCGGCUGGGGCUGCACCCUGCGCAGCGCGCAGAUGCUGCUGGGCCAGGGGCUGCUGCUGCACCUGCUGGGCCGCGACUGGAUGUGGCCGGAGGCGCUGCUGGAACCGGAACCGGGGGGGCCCCGCAGGACCCGCGAGGCCCCGGGCCGGGCGCGGCCCCCCCGGGAUGGACCGAGGGCGCCCCGGGAUGGACACGGGACCCCCAGGCUGGACCCUGAGACCUCCGGGAGGACGCGGGACCACCUGGGACGGACCCAGGAGCCCCCGGCACCGACGCGAGCCCCGCGGAACGGGCAGGGCCCGCCCAGGAUGGACACGGAGCGCCCCAGGGGGACGCGGGACCCCCCGGGCCAGCCCCGGGAGCCCCGGGAGGCGGAGCGGCGGCACCGCGCCAUCGUCUCCUGGCUCUCCGACCACCCCCGGGCCCCGUUCGGGAUCCACCGGCUCGUGGAGCUGGGCCGGGAGUUCGGCAAAAGCGCCGGGGACUGGUUCGGCCCCGCCAUCGCCGCCCACCUGCUCCGGGGCGCCGUGGAGUCCUGCACCGAGACCCCCGGGCUCGCCGUGUACGUGGCCCAGGAUUGCACCGUUUACAAAGGGGACGUGGCCAGGUUGGUGCGGGGCGAGCCUGACGGGGGCACAGCGGGAGCUCCGGGAGCACCGGGAUUGGGAACACCGGGAGCUCCGGGACACGGGACACCGGGAGCAGCGGGAGCUCCGAGGAUGCCGGGAUUGGGAACACCGGGAGCUCCGGGUCUGGGAACACCGGAACCGGGAGCACCGGGACACGGGACACCGGGAGCACCGGGAGCACCGGAGGCGGGGCAGCCCCGCGGGCUCAUCCUGCUGGUGCCGGCGCGAUUGGGGGGCGAGAACCUGAACCCCGUGUACGUGGAGUGCGUCAAGGCGCUGCUGCAGCUCCGCUCCUGCCUCGGCAUCAUCGGCGGCAAACCCCGGCACUCGCUCUUCUUCCUCGGCUUCCAAGGUGAUUCCCUGCUCUACCUGGACCCGCACCUCUGCCAGCCCUGCGUGGACACGGCCCGCGAGAAUUUCCCUCUGCAGUCCUUCCACUGCGGCUUCCCGCGGAAAAUGCCCUUCGGGAAGAUGGAUCCCAGCUGCACCCUCGGCUUCUACGCCCCGCGGCGCGGAGCUGGAGCAGCUCUGGGGGGACCUGGCCCGGGUGCUGGCCCCCCCCCUCGGCCCCGGAGCGUUCUUACCCCAUUUUCACCCUGGCCGAGGGCCACGCUCAGGACCAGGCCCUGGACGCCCCCCCCCGGGCCGCCCCCCGCCCCCCCCCGGCGGGGGAAACGCCCCAAAAAACCCAAAAAUCCCAACUCGGAGGAGUUCGUUCUGCUGUGACCCCCCCGAGCCCCCCCAAACACUGGAUGGGCACUGCCCCCCCCUCAAAUUGGGGCUGGUUUGGGUCACUACUGCCCCCCCCCCCC